UCGUGACCACAAUCGUGCUCGGAUGGUGGACUAGCAAGAGUGUUCAUGGCUUCCAAAAUAAAGAGUAUAUGGCCGUCUACGCAGGUGUUGGAGGAGCUCAAGCAGUGAUUGCAUUCCUUGGUGCCUUUGCAUUUGCGCUCAGUCGUGAUGUGGAAUCAUUGGACAAUCAACUUCCAAACGCGAUGUAUCAGUUGAUGAGAAUGUUGGCUUCUGCUAUUGGACUGAUCUUCUACACCUUCCCCUAUCUCGGAAUUGCCAUACCAUUCCUGUUCGCUCUUUAUUAUGCAGCAUCUGCAUUCUACCGGCGAACAUCAAUUGAAACAAAGCGCCUGGACUCCAUCCUGAGGUCAACCUUGUAUGCAAACCUUGGCGAGGCAUUAACCGGGCUUUCAACUAUCCAUGCGUGGAGAGCACAGGAUCAUUACCUUAAGCUUGUGGACACUGCAAUUGGUGAGAUCAGUUUUAUCUCUCGAAAGCUCAGGGCUGACAUGACUGUUCUAGAUGGCCAAAAUCGAGCAUAUAUCCUCUCGGUCCUCGUGCAACGUUGGUUGGCUAUUCGCCUCGACUUACUCGCUAAUCUACUCGUUCUGGGCAUCGGUUUCUUCGCCGUUGGACUUCGAAAAUCUUCGGACCCCUCCAAGACUGGUGUGGUGUUGUCCUAUACCCUCGCCAUUACCCAAACCCUUUCGCAAAUGGUGACACAAAUGGCCCGAAGUGAGCAAGAAAUGAACGCUGUGGAGCGUCUGGACCAUUAUGGGAAACUUCCAGGGGAGGCACCACCCACUACGAACCAUGACCCUGAUGCCAAGUGGCCAGAAAAGGGGGAAAUUCGAUUCCAGAAUGUCGACAUGGCAUACAGACCAGGAUUACCCCUCGUUUUGAAAGGCAUUAGCUUUGACGUCAAGGCCGGCGAGAAGAUUGGCAUUGUCGGUCGAACUGGUGCCGGAAAGUCUUCUAUGCUUCAAGCGCUCUUCCGUAUCGUCGAAAUAGAGGAAGGAGGAAAGAUCGAAAUUGACGGAAUCAAUACAAAAGAGAUCGGCCUCGAUAUUCUCCGGCAACGUCUGGCUGUUAUCCCACAGGAUGCAUUGCUGUUCAAAGGAACGGUCCGAGAAAACAUUGAUCCUUUGAACCAGCGAACCGAUGCAGAACUAUUAUCUGCUAUGCGAAGAUCCGGCCUUCUCUCCCGAAGUGAAGAAGACGAGGGUAAAGCCAAGGCCAUGGCUGAUGGCACUCAGGAUGCGGUCAAUGUCGAAGUCAAGGGUGAAAAUUCCUCUACUUCCCGCUUCGACCUCGGUGCUGCUGUCAGUGAAGAAGGCUCAAACUUUAGCGCUGGAGAGAGACAGUUGAUUGCCCUUUGCAGGGCAUUGGUCAAGGAAAGCCGUGUCAUUGUCAUGGAUGAAGCAACUUCGAACGUGGAUGUAGAGACCGACGCUCAAAUCCAGAGGACAAUCCAACAGGAGUUUGCCAGAUGCACUUUACUGUGCAUUGCCCAUCGACUCAACACCAUUGUUUAUUAUGACAGAAUUCUGGUUCUGGAUCAAGGCCAUGUUGCCGAAUUUGACACCCCUCUUGCAUUAUACGACCGAGAAGAUUCUAUUUUCCGCUCCUUGUGUUCCGAAGCAUCGCUCAAUCGGCAAGAUAUUAUACGGAUCAGAAGCGCCGUUCAUUCGGGACAUGCGGAGGAAAUCGUCCAACCGGUUCAUCAGAAUGAGACCAUAGAGUAG